CACGACCCUCUUACAUUGGUUGAGUCAUAGUCACUCCCGUCUAUAUUUCACAAGUUGGUAUCAUUGAAAAUAAAAUGAUAAAAACAGAAAAUAAGGGAUGAGGCUCACGUACCGGUUACCCGCGCUUGUUUGAAUUUCUUCACUUCGACAUUCGGAGCACUGGACAGGAAUCGUAUUGCGUCAACAUCACUUUCUGGCCAUCGCAAUGCUAUGUUUUAAUUAGACAGUCAGAUUCCCCCAACUCACCUCGUUGAUUACCUAUUGUUACAGCAUCUCCUUCACAGCAAAUCAAUAACACAGGCAUGUCAGUCUUCCAGAACUUUCAAACAUUUUUCAAGAGUCUCACCAGUCCAAAACGUGUUCCUACGUUCGUGGUCACCCUUGAUGCCCUGGGGACCUUAUAUCGUUUCAAGCAACCAGUGGCCCGGCAAUAUAUCGACCUUGCUCGGAAAUCGGGCUUGAAAGACAACGUCGACACUGACCGACUGAACGCUUCAUUCAAAGAGGCAUUCAAGCACUACAAUGCCGCAUACCCAAACUACGGAAAAGGGCAACUCGAAAGUCCGGAAGAGUGGUGGACCAAGGUGAUUGAUCGAGCUUUUGGACAAGUCGUCGACCAAAAUGUUGAGCUGCCCAGGAACCUAGGGUCCCUGCUGUAUCGUCAUUUUGCCGGGAGAGACGCCUACGAACUUUACCCAGAUGUAUGGCCCUUCUUCCAAGCUCUUCGAUCUCUCAAAAAGGAUUUCAGCGACCCCGAUGGCCCCCUCAUCGCCACAGGCGUCGUCACCAAUUCUGACCCUCGCGUUUCCACCGUUCUUCAGGAGCUCGGUUUGACAGUGCAGGCCAAACCUCCCGAGCGCCGUAUCGGUGACGCACUCAGUAAUGCGUGGACCGAUGCCAAACUACAACGUCUAGACGGACUGUUUUCAUACGAAGCUCUCGCUUAUAGCCGCGACAAUGAUAUAGACUUCCUUUCCACCAGCUACGAGACGGACUGCCAGAAGCCAGACCCGGACGCCUGGAUCGAAGGCCAGAAGUUAGUCCACGUAUUGCCUAUUAUCCGAAAGGCUGUGGCCCUUCGAGACUCUCCAAGUACGAAUGUCUCUGAAUACAUGCAGAAAACCGCACAAAGUGCGGGCUACCGAGUUGGGGAGUUGCUGUGGCUUCAUAUUGGUGACGAGUACGAGAAGGACUAUGCCGGAGCGACCGAAGCUUCACUGGACGCUUUGCUGCUUACGCGAGAGACUGAUGGUGAUAUGCCGCACAAAAUCAACACGUCGGCGGCGCCAGACAUCCCGACCAUUUCUUCGUUGAAAGAAGCUACUUUGAUAAUCAAUCUCAAGGCGCGAGAACUUUUUCAACGUGGAUCAUGAACCAGUUCCUACCAUUGUGGCAGUUGGUCUACUUUAUCUUUCUAUGACUCCCUUCCUAUCACGACAUCCUAACUGAAGGAAGGGGGUCGCAACCUCUAUCUAUCAGAUCGCAGCCGCGGCAAAGAGUUCAGAAGCAUCUGCAACUUGUCCGCUGUUCCCCAAGAGCUUCAGAGAGGCAAUCAUCUCUGCUGCUUUUUCCUUGCUCAUAAACUUGGCCACUUCAAAGGGAAAGCGUGAUUCCACUUCCUCGAAAGUCAGCCAGGGAACGUCAGGCAAAUGCUGUUCUACAAGACGCCCAUCCGCCAGCCUGACCUCAACUUUGGCGGGCUGUAGGCCUCUUUGGAAGUCUAUAUUGAAUUGCUCGUUGGUCAAUAGCUCGCAUUUACUCAUCAAAUCCAUGAUGCGCGGGUCGUCGACCUUGGUGAAGACCUCUUCGUCGAGCCGACCGUAAACCAGUGCUGCAGAUACGCCAUACUGAAUGCUCAUCUUACUCUGUUGGAUAUUCUCCAGUUGCCCAGCAUUGUUACACCCGGGGUACUUGAUGGCUUGUGAUGUGGCAACAAUGGUGAUCAUUUGAACGGACUGAGGGUCAUCCAGACGCAACCUCAGCGCCGCAGCCAGUGGAGUUUGGGCAAAGUUACACCCGGCGACAGGUUUGAAGUGAACAUCCAUGAUGCCCUGGCCGAUUUCAGAGCGGCUGAUCCAAUCUUUGAAGGUCACACUAGCGUCUGAAGAACCAACACCCAGCGCUUCAAAAAGGCCAUCUUUUCCUUCCAGUACCGUAUCACUGCAGAACAUUCCGGUUUUGGCAAGGUCAAAUGCCUGGAUGCCCGCGCGACUUGCCGUGCCCAUUUGAGUGAAGAUCUCCAAACCUCCAGCCCAGGCCCAUUCGUUCACACCACAUGCUGCAUUCAAAGCAAAACCCAAUGCGCUGACAGCGAUUUCCUCGCUGCAGCUCCCACCGGCGAUUGCAGCGGCGGCGGCACCAAAAGCUCCCACCAGCCCGCUGGGGCGGAAGUGAGGGUUGAAUUUGCCACUUGCGCGUAUGGCGGUGCCCAGAAGAGCCGACAUCUCAUAUCCUGCCACGAUCGCUCUGAUCAACUUCUCACCAGACCAGUGAUGUCGCUGGGAAAGAGCGAUGGCGGCAGAGAGGACGAUGGAGCCGAUGUGAGAACAAGAAUCGAGAUGCAUGUCAUCUCGGAUAGUGCUGAUCUCAUUAGAACAAAAAGAAGAGCAACAGGAAAUAGAAUGAAUGACCUACCUGUGACCCAGCGCGGCAUUGACAAAGGCUGCCGUCUCAGCGGAGACUUUGGUCUUGGUCCCCCAUACCUGAGCCUCCGGUGAACCAGAUUGAGCGGUGGCAUAUUUAAUCAACGCCUCGCCCCAUGGGGUCGAAAGUCCUGAAUGAGCUGCGGCAAUGUAGUCAAUCAGGCAUACAACCACCUUUUGCCGUAACGUCGGAGAGAUUUGCCCUUCCGCAAUCGACUGUAUGCGUCUCGCAGCCAGUCGAGUCAGACUGGUAGGCGGCACAGUGCCGUUCGAUGCACCAGUGGAAGCCAUGUUGAUCCCUCUGUUUCACACAAAACAGUAUCAUGUAUAGCUCGGCAUGCACAUGCAAUGAGAGGUUUGAGCAGGAACAAUGUUGGCUCGAACUACGAAUCACCGCGAGGUUGCGAUCAGAAAAAGAUGGGCAAAACAUCCCCAAUUGGAGAAACUUCUCCAACACGAGGGGCGAAGUUGAAUCUCACAGAUAUCAAUUGACAGUCAAUCUUGAUAUCAGAGUGCAAGAGAUUGUUGGAAAAAUAAAUGUGAUGGGCUAUUGAGAAAGCAUCUUACGAAUGAAUGUAAAAAGGUAUAUAGCAGCCUCGCACGAGAAGGAAUCAUCUUGUACGAAACAGGCUCAGCAAUAGUCCAGCUAUCUAUCGACUUCUAUCUUGCAGCCACGAUGGUGUUGACAAAGAACAAAGUAGACCAAGGGCUUGAUACAUCCAUGACAUGGCCAUACGUCUCCAUUAAUGGUGGUGACAAGAAUCUGGUGCAGAUGUACUUUUCCAUACUUGGUCAGUACUUGAGAGCAACAUUGCACUUUUCCAUGUAUCUGUAUCUAUCAUGGCACCUUCGCAACCGUCUGAAGAUCGUCCGUCGUCUCAGAGGACAGACCCUGCUACCAUCAUAUCUCUUACGAUCAGUUCGCGGGUGUAUACGUCGUCUCCAUGGACUCGGCAUAUAUUGUCAAGCUGGCUCCUAUCACAUUCACAAUGUCAAAGACGUGCGUCCCCUUGAAGAUCUCCGCCCACAUUCUAGCCACAGCCGUCGCAAGCCAGCGAAUCCGUUGUUUCUGGUCCUGCCGAUCUGCGAGGUUGCGCAUCAUGUCGCUGUCGAAGAGACCCGUCUCUGUCAACAGGCUCUGAAUCAUCUGAACCAAAACGACCUCCUCUUUGUCCAACGAGCCGUUGCCCGAAGCCACUCCGAUGAGUUCGAGCCACUUGCUGAGGAAGAUGGCACACUCCAGGUUGGAGAAUGAAUGUUGGACGCUCCAGGUGAAGGCCUGUGUCUUGGCCACAUACUUGAUACCCAUUCUCACGGGGAUGGAGAGGGCAUGGGCGGCCUGAAGCACUGGGUGUAUGAGUUCCGGCCCUCGCUUCAGGGGUGGACUGUUUUCGAACGCCGAGGCUAUGACACUGGCGUCCCGACUCGCCAGGUUCCUGCACGGUCCCAUGUCAGAAUGGAGCCUGAUCCAAGCCAACCUCAGCAGCGCCGUCGAUGUAAAAGCGACAGGACCUGUCGCCGAGGAAGGUUCGAAGAUGGACUCUGGAGAGCGCUCCCAGCGCGUUUGCCAACACCGCAAAGCCCGACUGAUCUCACCAAUGUCCUCGGAGCUCAGGGAGUGUUUGGAGCUCGCCAGUGUCUGACGCCGAAGAUACAGGUGUUGAAGGAUGGCCAAGAUCAACACAUAGUUUGCCAUCGGUGAUAAAGCGAUGGGGGUCGGUGGUGAAUCUACGCUGUGAAACAUGCUUUCAUAGGCUUCACGGAAGGGGACCUCCUUGAACGGGGACGACUUGUUGACUUCCUCCCACUCUUCUGCGCUACUCGCGUUCCACACUUUCGCCGAACAGGGCAGACAACAGUCGAUUUCGGAGUUGAGUAUCAGUGGAGGGAUGUGAUAGGCAACGGAGACCAGUUGCAGCAGGCAAUAUGUCAUCAACUUGGUUCGCUUUCGACCUUCCUGGAGGACCCAACGAUGCCAUUCAGACAUGCCUGUACAAGAAGACGUCGGUACUUUCAGCCGGGAGAACCCAUCGUCACGCGCCAAGGUGGCAGCCACGCUCUGCAAAGCGAUGGAUUCCUUGACAAGCCCUGGUUGAGAUCCCCAGGCACCGACACACAUGAGGGCUAUCAGCGCCUGCAAGGUCUGCGUUUGUGGAUCGAAGACGUUGUCCAUACUCUUGUCCGAGUUACCAACAUAGCCACCACCGGAUUCAUCAGGCCGCUGAGUGUUGUUCUGGUCCAGAGAUGUUGAGAGAGGGAUUCGACUGUGGAAACUAGUGCUGUCGUCCCGUUUCACCUGCUCCUGAAUUCUUAUCUGUUCAAAUGCUAUUGCUUUUCCUGCGUGGAACAACAUUGGACAUCGGUGCGCCUCGAAACGAAACAAGGCUCCUAUUGCACACAUCGACAGUAUCAGUUCUGGAGCAGCAUGGACAGGUGAGAAUGUCGGAACGUGAAGAUUCGGAAGGUGCUCAUAGUAACCUUUGAUCGCACCCUCGAGGAACCUGGACAUGGUGUGCCUGGAAGGCAUGUUGAAAUCUUUCGGCAAGACAUGGUCAAACUUCUGGAUGUUGGCAACAAUUUGCCGAUACUGGUGCCCUGAUAUCUUCCACACGGGUCGGAAAUUGGCAUUGGGUUCAGCUUGGCCAGACGGUCGAGAUGCUUGUUCUCGAGUUUCAAAAUGGAGCGCAGGUAGGGGUGAGCCAAAUCUGGAAAAGGAGGUUUCUGGUUCGACUCGGCCGUUGUGGGCCCCUGAAUCAUGGCCGACGUGGACAUUGUCAUUGAAGGCAACUUGUGGAAGUUCUGAAGUGAAGGCAAGAUCCUGCAAUCCAAGAUCCAAAGCAUAGUCCGGCGGGAUCAAUCCGUUGAAAUCGUUGAGAUCAAGGAAGGUGUUGAAACUAUCGAAUUGGCUGUAGAUGUCGGAGAAAUCCAGCGUGGGACUGACGUUUUCUGAACUUGUUUCUACAGUUUGCGUGACGACGGGAUUCUGCGACUCGGCGGAGGGGAAGGCGACACCCGCAAGGGCACUGAGCUGGCCACCGUCAUUGAGGUUGGGCACGAAAUGGUCCAGAUUCGUCAGGGAUUCGAUGGAGAGCUGCUCCUGGACCUGACCGGAUUCCACCUGACGGGCAACGGAGAGAGAUGCAGUGGUAUGCUCGAUCGUUGGCUGAUGUGCCGUCGCGGGGGAGGUCACAUUCAUGCCAUCCACGGCCGGCACGGUAUUGCUUGGGGUCGACGUCGCCAGUGUUGGCGACACAUAGCGACCGCAAGAUCUGCCCUCGUGGGCUGCCUUUUCGUGUCGCCGCAAGAGAUCCCUAGUUGAAGUCAAGGUCAGUCACCACUCACGUCCAAGAGGUUGUUGCUCCGGGACAUGCACUACCUUCGGCUGAAGGACCUGCCACACGGACAUUUGAACGGCGUUUCUUUAGUGUGAGUCCGUUCAUGACGCUGUACGUGUUCAAGGCGACGAAAGCGCCUAUUGCAGAACCUGCACGGCAGAGUCUUCUUCGGGCUCGAAGCUGCUGACUCCAUGAUACAACCGAGUCGCUACUCCGUACGGAUGGGGAAGAAUGAGAGGAAGAUUCUCCACAUCAAUGUGCCUGUGGAGAGGAGGCCAUGCGCGAGUAUAUGAAUGCUCCCUCGAUUUGGAGACGAAGCCUCCAUCAGCCGAGGUCGAGUACAUUCCCGUGUUUGCCACCCCAGACGUUGUGGGAAACACUUCCAGCAGGUCUAGACUUUCGCUGCAUCGUGGAGACCCCUGAGACAGCCACAUGGAGAGGUGGAGCUACCAGCAAAACUUCUUUGCGUCGUUCAGAACUGGAUACUACACUACGCCGGAGGACAUGGUUUGCCAAAUGAGAAAUGACUGUGUCAACACAAAAAUACUUGUCUUAUUGGGGUCGGCCGAGCAGUGCCAAUCGUCGAGAUCUCGAGUCGACGAUCAAACAAACAAUCCUGGCGGUCCAGCAUCUCACUAUCACUUUCCAUCUGCAAACCCUUUCCCCA